AUGUCUUCAGCAGAGAAAGGCCCUGCCGUUGAAGCACCGCGUCCAUCUCGCAUCCCUUACUGGCGUGUCCUCACCGAUCAAGGGGCUUGCACACCUGAAAUAAUCGAAUAUCCUUACACCGGAGCAGGUACCGAUGAUGACCCCUAUGUCGUCGAAUGGAUCCCCAAUGAUCCUCGCAAUCCGAUGGAAUUCGAUGCCAGUCUGAAGUGGUCAUACACCAUCUUAGUGGCAUUCGCCACACUUGCCGUUUCCCUAUGUUCCUCUGCAUAUGCAGGAGGUAUGGAUCAAGUCCUUGUGGACCUGGACGUCGGCGAAGAAGUGGCUACACUAGGUGUCAGCUUGUUCGUCCUAGGCUUUGCAGUCGGCCCUCUACUCUGGGCUCCUCUCAGUGAACUCAUCGGUCGUCAGAUCGUGUUCUUGAUUACAUUCUUUUCACUCGCUGCCUUCUGUGCAGGCGCAGCAGGUUCUCAACAUGCCUAUGUUCUAAUCAUCCUUCGUUUCUUCGCCGGAUCCUUUGGCUCAUCGCCUUUUACAAACGCCGGUGGUGUCAUUGCUGAUAUCUUCCCUGCUGAGAACCGUGGCUUGGCUACUAGUCUCUUCGCUGGAGCACCCUUCCUCGGUCCUACACUAGGCCCUGUCGUUGGAGGCUUCUUAGGAGAGAACGCUGGUUGGCGAUGGGUGCAAGGCUUCCUGGCCGUAUUUACUGGGUUGAUCUGGAUCAUAGGAGUGCUGGUAGUUCCCGAAACCUACGCCCCCGUUCUGCUGCGCAAGAGAGCAGAGCGCUUGUCGGAAAUCACUGGGAAAGUCUAUCGCAGCAAGCUGGAGAUGGAACGAGGAAAGGUUUCUACCGGAGCUGCUUUCGGUACUGCGCUUAAGCGCCCAUGGAUUCUUCUCUUCGCCGAGCCUAUCGUUCUAUUACUCUCCAUCUAUAUGGCCAUUGUUUACGGAACCCUCUAUAUGCUAUUCGAUGCCUUCCCUAUCGUCUUCCAGGAAAUUAGAGGAUGGAGCGAAGGUGUCGGUAGCUUACCUUUCCUUGCUGUGAUGACUGGAAUGAUGAUUGCUGUUGGCUUGAAUAUGUACGAUAACAAGCGCUAUGUUCGCAUUCAUAAGGCACACAACGGGUUCGCACCACCCGAAGCACGUCUUCCACCAACCAUGCUGGGUGGACUUGCCAUCCCAAUUGGUCUCUUCUGGUUUGCCUGGACAAAUUACCCUUCUAUCCACUGGAUCGUCUGUGUAAUCGCCACCGCACCUUUCGGCUUCGGAAUGGUCUUCGUCUUCCUCGGUAUUAUGAAUUAUCUUAUCGACUCAUACACCAUCUACGCGGCAUCUGUUCUCGCAGCCAACUCGAUCAUUCGUUCGUGUUUCGGUGCAGGAUUCCCACUGUUCACAACAUACAUGUACGAUAACCUUGGCAUCCAUUGGGCCUCCUGUGUUCCUGCCUUCCUGUCACUCGCAUGUGUGCCAUUCCCUUUUAUCUUCUACCGUUAUGGCCCGGCUAUCCGUCGCAAGUGCAAAUACGCUGCCGAGGCAGACGAAUUUAUGCGCAAAUUGGCUAGCAAGGCCAAUGAAAAGCAAGCUGUCGAGGAGCCUGUGGAGAAUGUGGCUGAGGAGACAAAUGAGGUCACCGAGCAGAACAAGAUUGCAGAGCCAGUACGAACUUCCGUUGACAGCGCCUCUACCUCUUCUCGUUCGUCUUUGGAACGCACUGAGACAUACGAGGCGAGUCCCUACGAUAUUGAUCGUGUGAAUACACGCAAUUCGGCUAUUACACAAAAUUCGAAGUCUACCCGAGGCAAGACCUCGCGGAUGUUCAGUUUCGUGCGUUCGUAA